AUGGGCGCACAGCUCUCCCCCGUGACCAUGUACUGGCGCGCUCUCGCGAUGGCGCUGAUGCUGGCGGGGACGGCGGGGGUGGGGAUUUGGGGGGUCUGGGUGCGCGGAGGAGCGGGAGUUAUGCCCCAAGGAGGGGAGUAUGCUGGAGAGGUACAGGUGGGGUUGAGGCAGCAGGUGGUGCGUCGGACGUUGCGAGCGGAGCAGAAAGGGGAAGAGAAAGGAGAAGGGGAGAGAAGGGAGCAGCAGAGAAGUGAUGAUGACGGUGUGGAAGGGUGGAAGAAUAGCAGCGCCGGGACAGAGGGUGCUGUUGCUGACAACGAUGGAGUCACUUUCCUGUUCGGCUCAUCUUCCUCGUAUGCUGCUGCUGCUGCUGCUGCCAACGAUGCUGCUGCUGCUGCUGCCGCUGCUGCUGACGAUGCUUCUGCUGGCAAUAUUUCUGCUGGCAACGAUGAAGACAACACACGCGAGGCAGCAGCAACAGCAGCAGCAGCAGCGAUCGGCAGCACCGGCGGUCCUGAUCAUGCCAUACAUCGGGCGCUGGCAUCGGGUAGUGCGGUUGAGGCAGCAUCACCGUCAACCCCACUGCCGUCAACGCUACCAUCUCCCUCUCUGGGACGCCCGUGGCAGCAAGCCAAUAGCCUCCCACCAGAGUGCAGGGACGGCAGUGCAAAUGAAGCAGUGACGGCGAAGUCAGUGCGCCAUGACUAUCGCUUCCCAACCUCCUCAUCCCAGCUCUCCCUGUACCCUUACGAGGUGACUCUGACCAACACGUGUGGGCAGCGUGCCAUCGCCGCCAUGGGCAUCAGCUUGACAGGGCUGCGCCUGCGCUCCUACAUCCUCCUGCCACGCCUCGUGGUCACAGAGCCUGACUCCCUCAGUGUCGUCACAAACUUCAAGGUACUACCUCCACUGGGAGCACCUGACAGUGCGGUGGUCAUCCCACCGGGGGGGUCCCUCAAGUUCAACUGCACUGUCGUGCUCGACGUCAUCUAUGCGCUCACUGUUCACGACGCCUCAUUUUCUCCCUUGUAG